AUGGUGACAAGAAGAGUCAAUGGAAAAGGCCUUUCGGGAGACGUAGGUUGAAGGCAUAUCACCAUUGAACCAGCGAAGAAUUCUUCUGAUAUCACUAAUUCGUAAACAUGUGUGACAACGUUCAUUCAGAUCAGAAGACCAGUCAAAGAUUGCAAAAGUUUAUUCUCUCUGUCCCCCACUAGCUGGACUCGAAUAACCGACAACGUUGCAAAAAGCGUAAGCCACUCGCCGAGCCGUGAAGAGGGGCAAGAGGCGCAGAGGCGCCGAGAAAAGAGGCGUGACUUGUGAAAGGCCUGCGGACCGGCGCCAGUCACUUCGGUUUCCCACGCCGCCAGGACGCUCUCAUAAAUAUGUUCCACAUGCAACUGCCAUACCUCGACGACAAGUCUCCCGUCGAACUUCGGAAGAACUCGACGGCUUCCUCGACAGCCAGUCGGUCCCGCAGACCUGCUCUGCCGUCCAAUGACAGCUUCAAGAGCUGGGGCCAAUUCAAGCGACGCAUUCACAAGUGAUUCGCCUCCGUUCUUUGCUUCUACUGUCCAGUCCGUCUUAUUUGCUCCGUCCAAAUGCUUCUUUGCGGUCGUUCUUCAGGAAACAUUCGAAGUCCAUCUGCGACAUUUACCCUUCUGAAACAAAGCGUGAAAAGGGAUAUAUGGACACUCAACAGAAAAAACUGAACUCCGAGCCUGGACCUUGCUCUAUUACGGCGACUUAUCAUAGAUUGCUGAUUUGGUCAUAUUAUUCAAUUGUACAAAGUUUGUAUUCAUAAGAAAACCCGUGACUUUCUUUUCCCUAUUCAAGACUGUAUAUGAAUGUAUAAAAUUAUGCAAUUCAUUUCAUUUCGAUUUCUACUUAUACAUAUAUUUCAACUUUUUUUUUCUGAUCUCCAGAUUUUCGUGUUAAUAAAUAUUGCUGAAGUACAUACGCCUAGUUAACAAUCUAACAAAUGCCCGAGGAACCGAAUAGAAUCAAAAUCUCAACCGCGAUCAAAACUGAAGCAUAAGACUUGAAAAAUAAUUCUGCGACCUCCGUCCUUGAAAUAAACUUUGGUAAUAUGUACAGUGAGAAAAUAUUUUUCAAGAGACUUGCCGGACGAUCUGACCUCCCGUUAUGAUUCUCAUUUCAUUAUCAGCACAAGCCUGUACAAGGUGGCUUGUCGCGGUAGUUUACAUUUGUUUUCUUUUUUAGGGAAGUAGGAAUUCAUGUGCUUAUUGAGACGGAAGGAACGUCACUUUACUUGGAGAAAUUCCUGAAAUAUUCUUGGUUUAACAGAAGAGGAUUCUGAAGAGGAAGUCUCAACCUGCACAAGUUCUUAGUUCCAAGUAAAAAGGUUCAAAGCCCAGACAUGGCUUUUUUGAGUUAUCUUUGAUUUCGAGGUGUCUUUUCUCAAAAACUAUGAAGCUGUCCGAUUCGUGAAUUUCUGGACGUACCAGCCAAUUUUUAGGAAACGACCUCCCUUGUUAG